AUGGAUAGUACGAAAAUGAGUUCCGCGACGAAACGUCAACAACAGCGUUUGUUCCGAGUGUUCACUCGCAAGGAAGCCGAGGAGUCGUACAAAAAAGCCAUCGAAGGCUUGACGACUGUUCUGUAUUGCGAAGAAGAUUUGGCUCGAUAUUUGCUUCACGCUUUUGGCGCCAAGACGAAUAAAAUACACGACGCGUAUUUCGGCGACGAGGAGAGAACGAAACAAAAGUUAGGUCUAUUAACAGAAGAGGAGGAAGAACAAGCGGAAAAGAACGACGUGUUGAAGUUAGCGGUGGAAAAGAAAGAGAAAGAGAAAGAGAAAGAGAGGAAAAUGGAACCCGCAGCUGUGGUUGCGACGGCGCCGCCGCCGACGAGAAGAACUACGCGCUCUGUGGCAAAAACGGCAAAGGCGGCGGUUGUUCCAAAGGAGCAAAAAGAGAAGGAGGUGCAAGUAAAGUGCGGAAUUUGCUUCGAAGAUUUUCCCGUGAGUAAGGUGUCGACUGCGUCAUGCAGAGUGCAUCCUUUCUGCGACGAGUGCUGGGAAGGCUAUUGCGAUUCGAAGUUGCAAGAAGGGAAGACUGGGAUUUUAGACGUGCGCUGUCCGGAUCACGGGUGCGGAAAGAGAGUAUCGACGAAGAAGGUUUUACGUUUUCUUGGCGACACAGAGAAAGUCGCAAAAUACCACGCGUUCGAGCUGGAACAUUUUCUCGAGCAAAAUUCGGCGGUGAAGCACUGCCCGGCGGCCGGGUGCGAUCGUUUCCUACUCCUGGAGAACAAGGACGGAUUGACUCUCGAUCAGAUUCAGUCGUGCGUGUGCGAGUGCGGGAAAGUUUUUUGCUGGAAGUGUCAAGAGGAUGAGCACAUUCCCGUGCGAUGCGACACCGCGCAGCUUUGGAUUGCUAAGAACAGCUCGGAGUCCGAGAACCAGAACUGGAUUUUAACGUUUACGAAACCGUGCCCAAAGUGCUCGAGACCGAUUGAAAAGAACCAAGGGUGCAUGCACAUGACGUGUUCGCAGUGCCGAUACGAUUUUUGCUGGACGUGCUUAGAACCGUGGAGCAAGCACGGCGAAUCUACUGGCGGAUACUAUUCGUGCAACGCUUUCCGCACGACGGGCGCUUCAGAUCCAUCGAAGGUGAGCGAAAAGGAACGAGCGGUGAACGAGAAGAAGAGACUCGCCCGCAUGGCCAUUGAAAGAUACUCGCACUAUCACGAACGCUGGGCGUCGCACGAGGACGCGGAAAAACGGGCAAAGAAAGACAUGGAAACUUUGAUCGCGAAAAAGUUGGACGAUGUGGGAAGAAACCACGGCGCUGGCCCGGGAGAAAUGACGUUUGCCGUCGAGGCGCAGCGACAAAUCAUCGAGUGCCGAAAGCUCUUGAAGUGGACGUACGCGCACGCGUACUACGCGUACAACGAAGAAGAAAACGACGCCGAUUGGAAAAGAAACAAUCCAUUCACGCAAAAACCCACGAAAUUAGUGAAACAAGAGCAAGAGUUUUACGAAUACGUCCAAGGAGAGGCUGAAAACCGUUUGGAACAGCUUACGAGGUUUAUGGAAAGAGAUCUCGAAGAUUUCGGAAACUAUGAUCAAAGCGAUUACGCCCAAGCCGUGGAGCAUAAACAAAAAGAGGCAGAAGGAGAGAAAGAUUUGCAAACUCCAAGAAACAAGGAGGAUAGACCGAUUAUUUUGAGAGGAGAUGGAUUGUCUUUUGAGGAGUUCAAGAGGAAAGUGUGCGAACUGACGAGUUUGACGAAGAAAUCUUUCGAAACUUUAUCGAACCAGAUUCACAAAGGUUUUGGAUCAUCAAUUACCAAUGGAACGCCACCCUUGGGAGUGAAAACGACUAGCGUCUCAAAGGACGACCCAAUGGAGAUUUAG